ACCAUAUCUAAGAAAUUACAAGGAUUAAGGACGAGCAAAUUAUAAAGCCUGCCAUGAUCUUCAUCGUCGUCCUUGGCCUGAGCUGCUCGUGCCUUCUCUUCCCUGUGGCCAGGUUCCUGCACAAGAUAUGGUGGACUCCGAUGCGCGUAGAGAAAGCGCUGAGAUCGCAGGGAGUGAAGGGGCCUUCCUAUAAGCUCCUCUACGGAACCACCAAAGAGAUGAUCGCCAUGACCAAGGAAGCCAUGAACAAGGACAUGGAUCUGUCUCACGACAUACUCCCCAGAAUGCAGCCUCACAUCUACACUUGGAUCAAGCUUUAUGGAAACAAUUUUCUCAACUGGUUUGGGCCUCAGCCGCAGCUGGUUGUGACGGAGCCGGAGCUGAUCAAGGAGAUACUGACCGACAAAGAGGGAGCCUACCCGAGAGGCGAUAUUCCGAGCUACGUGAAGAAGCUGAUCGGAGAGGGGAUUCUGUCGAGCAAAGGGGAAAAAUGGCUGAAGCUGCGGAAGCUGGCCAACCAUGCCUUCUACACGGAGAGCUUGAAGCAUAUGAUACCCGCCAUGACUGCAAGCGUCGAAGCUAUGCUGCAGAGAUGGCGACACCAGGACGGGAAGGAGGUAGAGAUGUACGAAGAAUUCAGAGUUCUGACGUCCGAGGUGAUUUCGAGGACGGCAUUUGGAAGCAGUUACAAGGAAGGGGAGAACAUAUUCGACAUGUUGAAGACGCUAGCGGAACUUAUUUCCCGCAAACAGUUUCAAGUUGGCCUCCCGCUAAUGGGGAGAUUCAUGAAAUCGGAGGACGACAUUGAAGCGGACAAACUGGACAAGGCAAUUCAAGACUCCAUCAGAGAUAUCAUAAAGAAAAGAGAAGAGCAGAUGAGGCCUGGAGAAGAUGAUGAAAACAAAUCGGGAAGUGAUUUUCUAGGAUCACUUAUAAGGGCCAGCCACGACCCGGACCAGAAGAAGAGGGUCACCGAACAGGAAAUCAUAGACGAAUGUAAGACAUUCUACAACAGCGGACAAGACACCACCACGAGCUUGCUUUCUUGGACCGCUCUCCUCCUCGCAAUCCACACCGACUGGCAAGACAAAGCCAGGACGGAGGUUCUCGAGUCGUUUGGCAGCCGGGAAAAUCCGACCCCGGAAGGCGUUGCAAGAUUGAAAACAAUGGGCAUGAUCAUCAAUGAGACCUUGAGACUGUAUACCCCUGUUGUGAACGUGGGAAGAAAAGUGAAAAGGGAAGUUAGACUGGGGAAAUUGCUUCUUCCACCCAACGUGGACUUGCUGAUUCCACCCCUGGCGCUGCACCACGAUCCCAAGAUAUGGGGAGAGGACGUGCAUCUAUUCAAGCCGGAGAGAUUCGCAGAGGGAGUGGCCAAAGCCACCAAUGGCAAUGCCAUGACGUUUCUUCCAUUCGGCUACGGGCCUCGGUUCUGCGUGGGGAUGAACUUCGCCACCACGGAAGCGAAGAUCGCCCUCUCUAUGAUUCUGCAGCGUUACAAGUUCACCCUCUCGCCGUCCUACAUUCACUCGCCGCUUAAGGUCCUCACCGUUCGGCCUCAACAUGGAGUUCCAGUCAUCCUCCAAGCACUGUGACUACUUUAUUAUUAUUAUUAUGUACAAUAAUCGAAUUCAUAAUCAGCAAUCAGAGGGCUCAUUGCUGGCUGGAGGAAGGGAGAAAGGCAGCAAGGAUGUUUAAUGUGUUUUGACUAUUAUAUUCGUUCCAGCGUAAUUCUAUGUUUCUAGUAUAAAUUGGGCUUGAUCUUGUUUGAAAUAUGAUCCGGUAUUAAGUGUACUGUUUAGAUCUCCUCAGUAAGUUAAAUGGGAAUGCAAAUUUGCAAAACUGUGGUGGCGCGCAUGCAUAUAUAUAUAGCAUUAAUAUUAUGGA